AUGUCUACAUCUAGUGGACAAUGGCCUGUCAAGUCGUAUCAACCACGUCACACAUCCUGGCCGUACAGCCCUUCAGACUUCACCAGACAAGACUCCACACCAGAUACGGGCUUCUACAGCGCACCACGGUUCGUCACGCACAUCGAUGACGCUGCGAUAGCAACGUUACGGGAGUAUUAUGACUCUGUCUUACCGCGCAAGGGGAGAGUACUAGACUUUUGCAGCAGUUGGAUUUCCCACUAUCCGGCGUCAGUUGAGACCGCUGCUGCGAGUGGCGACCUGAAAGUGACAGGACUCGGCAUGAACAAGGCUGAACUAGACGCGAACAAGGUGCUCAACAACGGGAAACUGCUGGUCGACCUGAAUGAUAACCCGAACAUUGCGCGUGCACUCCAGGAUGCAAAGCUUGUUGGGCAAAGUGAUGCCGAGAAGUUGGACGCUUCCACCAACGUAGUUAGCACGGACUACCUCACCCAACCCGUCGAAGUGCUCAAGAGUCUCCGCGAGGUCACCAGGACGGGCGGAAGCGUGCAUCUCACCAUCAGUAACCGCUGCUUCCCUACAAAAGCCAUCAGUAGGUGGCUGCACGUAGAUGAGGAGGAGCGGUUGCUAAUGGUUGGUGACUUUUUGCAUUUUGCUGGAUGGAAGGGAAUUGAGAUUGUGGAGUUGAGUAAUGGCAAGGUUGAGGAGAGCCAGCAGCAGCAGUCCGGUGCGUCGCAGACGGGCUUGCAGAGUCUGAUGAGCUGGAUGGGAAUGAAUCGUAGGGAUCCGCUGUGGGUUGUGAGGGCGGUGAAGUAG